AUGGUUUUGGCAUACUUCAAAACCAAAAAUGCUGGUAAUCUCUUUCUAUUCAAUGCCACUAUAUACUGCUAUUAUUGGCCCUUCACCCUCUUUGUGUUAAUAGUUACUUCCAAUGUGGUUUCUGCAACCCACCAAACUGGUUUGCAACGCUCAGAUGCUCCAACUCACUUGAACUUUUUCCGUUCUGCUUUAAGGGGAAGGCAAAGGGUACUGUCCUGUGCCAAUGACCCAAGUGUGUGCUUAGACCGUGAGAAGAACCCUUGGGGUGGUACCACAUGUUGUUUCCAAAAGUUUUGCAAGGAUACCAUGAGGGAUAGGAACCAUUGUGGAGCUUGUGGUUUGGCAUGUGCUUAUGGGCUUUUGUGCUGUGAUGGGAAGUGUAUUGAUGUACAAAAUGAUCCACAACACUGUGGGUCUUGUUUCGAGGUGUGUCCUAGACAAUCUAGGUGCUCCUAUUCUAUGUGUGAUUAUGGUGGGUGA